AUAUUAUGUUGUAGCUGUAGUGUCAUGUACUGUUAUGCAUUAAGAAACAUGUUGUCCAACUAAAACACUUUAGCAUUGUUACGAUUGCACUGCUGUCUGCAUUGCGUGCACAUGGCUUAUCUCUUCAGUCUCAUGUUGUUCAACUGUGCAGUUCUGUCAUUAUUUAUGACCUGUUCCUGGUAGAGAUUCUUUUGGAAUGUAGAAGGUUCUCACAGAGGCUGAACUGGGGCUCUGUUUUUGUUGGAAACUACAAACACUGAUUACAUAACAGUUAAAUAAUGACUCCCACACUGCUCGUUUGGCUCCUUGCUGCUGAGACCCACAUUAACUCUCUAUUUUCAGAUAAAUAGUGCACGUACAUUUCCUCACAUACACCCUAUUCACAACAGCCUGGCUAAAAUAAGUCGGUUUACUUCAGAGUCGUCGGCUGCCCAUAGAAUCAGCCAUGAUUUUAUAUUCCCUAUAUGAGUGCCUGGACUUUAAAAGCUUUUUGUUUUUGAUUUGUUUACUGCUGCUGCUUAUAGAUUUGAUCAGGCAUAAAAAUCCAGCAAAUUUUCCACCGGGACCCUGGCCGUUACCCAUCCUAGGAAAUGUCUUCACUAAUGUUAACUAUAAAACUGUAGACCAGGUAGCCUUUUUAUUUUUAUUUUUCCAGCUGAUUGAGAAGUAUGGGACCAUCUUCAGUGUCAGAAAUGGAAAUGAUAAAAUAGUGUACGUGUCUGGGUUUAAAACGGUGAAGGAUGUUUUGAUCACUCAAGGGGAAACCUUCACUGACCGCCCUGUUUCGCAUUUAUUUGACACACUUUACAAAGGAAGAGGAUUGUCCUUUAACAAUGGCUACUCAUGGAGGAAGCAACAGCAGUUUUCCUCGAGUCACCUGAAAAACUUCGGAGAGGGGAGGAAGACUCUAGAAGAACAUAUUCAUCGAGAGUGCUACUUCCUGUGUGGAGCCUUUAAAGAAGAGCAGGGCUGCCCAUUUAACCCUCUGGUCAAAGUCAACAACGCAGUGGCUAAUGUCAUUGGUAGCCUGGUGUUCGGCCAUCGAUAUGAGUAUGAUGAUGUUGAUUUCCAGAAGCGUCUACAAAUGAGCGCAGAGUCAGUGUUUCUUACAGGAUCUGUGUGGAACCAGUUGUAUGAUGCCUUCCCAGGUAUAAUGAAAUGGUUGCCAGGACCUCAUCAGACAAUAAUCUCAAACUAUCAAGAGUUAGCAAACUUCCUGAAAGAAAAGGUGGAGCAACACAGACAAGACUGGGACAGCAACAAUCCCAGAGAUUAUAUCGAUGCCUACCUGACAGAAACAGAGAAGAGGAAGAACGACACAGAGGCAGGAUUUAACAUUGAGAGUCUGGUGUGGUGCAUGGUAGACUUGUUUGAGGGCGGAACUGAAACAACGACCAACACACUCCGAUGGGCUCUGCUUUACAUGAUCAAGUACCCUGAUAUUCAAGAGAAGGUCAGAGCAGAGAUUGACCAGGUGAUUGGCUCCCGUCCACCUACUCUGUCCGAUAAGGCAAACAUGCAUUUCACCAAUGCUUUUAUUCAUGAGGUUCUCAGAAAAGCAAACCUUGUGCCUCUAAAUAUGGCUAGGACUGCAAGAAAGGACACAACUCUGGGAGGCUAUUUUAUACCAAAGGGGACUGUGAUGAUCACUAAUCUGACAUCAGUGCUGUAUGACAAACAUGAAUGGGAAACACCAGACACCUUUAACCCUGGACACUUUCUAGACUCUGAAGGCCAGUUCUGCAGGAGAAAUGCCUUCUUCGCCUUCUCAGCAGGCAAAAGGCAGUGUCCAGGAGAGCACCUGGCUCACAUGGAGCUGUUCAUCUUACUUGCCAUCCUCUUGCAGACCUUCAGGUUCAGCCCUCCUCCUGGUGAGGAGCCCAGUCUGGAGAGCCAGGUGGGCUUCACACAAGCCCCUUUGCCAUACAAGCUCUGUGCUCAUCUGAGAUAAAGGGAG